CCGCACGGCUGGAUCGGCGCGCCGCCGUGCGGCACGCUGACCUGCGACGUCUUCGUCCCGUCGAAGACGCCGCUGUCGCGGCGAUGGCACGACGGCGGGCGCGUCCCGCCGGAUCGUCGGUACCUUCCGUCCGACGCGCUCGCGGCCGCGAGCGCGGCGGCGUCGGGACGACCGGUGAAGCUCGUCGUGGACCUGACGAACAGCUCGCGGUAUUACGACCCGGUGGACUUUGAGAUUCACGGCGCGGCGCACGUCAAGGUUCCGUGCGUGGGGAAGGACGAGCCGCCGGAUCCCGUCGCGGUGUCGCACUUCGUCCACCUCGUGCAAAAGUUCAUCGCGAACCAAGCCGCCGCCGCCGCCGCGAAAGACGCGAAAGACGCGAACCCGAACGCCGCCGCGGCGCCAAAGCCCAACGCCGCCGGCGUCAUCCUCGUCCAUUGCACGCACGGGUUCAACCGGACCGGCGCGAUGCUCGUGCACUACAUGCAACGCGCGCGGAAGUGGCCGAAGCUCAACGAACACGUCGCGGAGUUCGCGCGGCACCGCCCCCCCGGCAUCUACAAGCCCGAGUACCUCAAGCUCCUCUUCGCGGAGUACCUCGAGCGGCGGUUCAGCACGACCAAGGACCCGCCGCUCCCGGAGUGGAAGCGGCGCGGAUGGUUGGCGGCGGCGGGAGGAGGAGGAGAAGACGGAACGUCAAUCGACGCGCCGCCGCUGGAGGACGCGGACGUCCCGCCGGGCGACCUCUUCGGCGACGAUAACGACGAAUACGCGGACGAGAUCAAACGCGUCGUCGCGUACCUCUGCGGCGCUAACCCGAACGCGACCGUCUUCCCCGGGUCGCAGCCGGUGUCGCUCGCGCGGGAUAACAUGCAGAUCAUCAAGCGGCGGGAGUACCACGUGACGUGGAAAGCGGACGGGACGCGGUACAUGCUGUUGCUCAUGAAGGACGGGACGUACUUGAUCGAUCGCAAGUUUGACGUUCGGAGAGUCUCGAUGCGGUUUCCAGCGCCGCUGAGACGGUUCGGGGUGGCGACGCAUCACGCGACGUUGCUCGACGGCGAGAUGGUGAUCGACGACCAGCGACGACGCUUCUUGGCGUAUGACAUGAUGGCGCUCAUGGGCGAGCGGUUGGUCGACCGACCGUUCGCGGAGCGGUUGGGGUUCAUCGGCGAGUACGUCGUCAAGCCGCGAAACGUCUUCCUUCUCGAGGCGGGUAAGAGCGGCGCGUACGACUUCAGUAAAGAGCCGUUCUCCACGCGCGCGAAAGACUUCUCGCCGCUGGCCGGCACGGAGAAGUUCGUCCGCGAUUUCAUCCCGAAGCUGUGCCACGAGUGCGACGGUCUGAUCUUCCAACCGUCGCGAGAGAAGUACGUCGUCGGGACGCUGGACGGGUUGCUCAAGUGGAAGUUUACGCAUCUGAACAGCGUGGAUUUCCGGCUGCGGGUCAACGUGCACGGCGGUCCAGAGCUGUUCCUCGGGUUGGACGACGACGGGCGCGCGGCGGACGGGACGCGUCCGGAGUUGAGGGAUCUCGACGGGAAGAUCGUGGAGUGCACGUGGGAUAAAACCGGGAACAAAAACCAAGGCGCGUGGAAGUAUCUGCGGAUACGGAGCGAUAAGGACACGCCAAACUUUCAGACCGUGUACAAGCACACGCUCAGGAGCAUUCUGGACGACAUCACGGACGAGGAGAUCAUAUCGUUCGUGGACGGCGUCGUG